AUGAAAUCUCUUUUGAAAGCCACUGUCGCAGCCGUGGCAUUCGCUGCUGCCGGUUCGGCUGCAAACGCUGCUGAUGUCAAAGCCUGUUUUGUGUACGUUGGUCCCGUGGGUGACUUCGGCUGGACUUACCAGCACGACCAGGGCCGUUUGGCAGUCGAAGAAAAGUUCGGUGACAAGGUUGAAACCGCCUAUCUUGAAAGCGUUCCGGAAGGUCCGGAUGCCGAGCGCGCUAUCGAGCGUUUCGCCCGAGAAGGCUGCAACGUCAUCUUCACCACUUCCUUCGGUUACAUGAAUCCGACGAUCAAGGUCGCGAAGAAGUUCCCGGAUGUGAAGUUCGAGCACGCAACCGGUUACAAGACCGCGGACAACGUUGCCACCUACAACUCGAAAUUUCACGAAGGCCGGUACAUCAUCGGUCAGAUCGCUGCCAAACAAUCCAAGACAGGAACUGCCGGCUACAUAGCAUCAUUCCCGAUCCCGGAAGUUGUCGCUGGUAUCAAUGCAUUCCUGCUCGGCGCGCAGUCGGUCAAUCCUGAUUUCAAGGUCAAGGUUGUUUGGGUCAACACCUGGUUCGAUCCGGGCAAGGAAGCUGAUGCUGCCAAGGCACUCAUCGAUCAGGGCGCCGAUAUCAUCACGCAACACACCGAUUCCACAGCACCUCUUCAGGUGGCUCAGGAACGGGGGGUCCAUGGGUUCGGUCAGGCAUCCGACAUGAUUAAUUUCGCCAAGGAUGCACAAUACACCGCAAUUAUUGAUGAUUGGGCCCCGUAUUACAUAGAGCGUGUGCAGGAAGUUCUGGAUGACAAAUGGCAUGCAGGCAGCGCUUGGGACGGUCUGGCAGAAGGUCACGUCGUGAUGGCGCCCUACACGAACCUUCCGCCGGAUGUCGUUGAGAUGGCAAAGGCAACUGAAGCCAAGAUAAAGGGCGGCUGGGAACCCUUCACCGGUCCGAUCACCAAGCAGGACGGUUCGGUAGCUGCUGAAGAUGGCGUCACACUCGAUGAUGGCGCGAUCCUCGGCAUGAACUGGUACAUCCAGGGUGUCGACGACAAGCUGCCGGAGUAA